AUGCCAUCUUCCAAGUCGCAACAGUUCUUCCAUACCUCGGGCGCGACGGACUCUGUCUGGGUUCAUCAAGACCCUGUCUCUAACCGCCCAUCGUUCUCCAAGCUCAACCAAGAUAUUGAAACUGACGUCUGCGUCAUCGGUGCUGGCAUCGGCGGUAUUUCUACUGCUUACGAGCUCGUCACUCGCGGGCGCGAAGUCGUCCUUCUAGAAGCUCGUCAGGUACUCUCUGGAGAGACAGGUCGGACCAGUGGCCAUUUGACCAAUGAUCUUGAUGACGGGUAUACUGAAAUUGCCAAGAAGCACGGCGAUGAAGGAGCAAGAAUCGCUGCUGAAAGUCACGCCUGGGGAAGAGAUCGUGUAGGAGAGAUCUCCAAGAUACUUGGUAUUGAGUGCGAGUAUCGCAAGCUUCCGGCUUAUGAAGUUUCUCAGUACUCUACAAAGGAAGCGAAGGAGCAUGAGGAUGAGAUGAAUGAGCUUCGCAAAGAAGAGGCAGCUCAGCGAAAGUUUGGCAUAGACGCUAGAUUCGAUGAAUCGUUGACAGUUCGUGGUUGGGAUGGAGCAAUCGACCAGCGCGGCGGUCUCGUCGUCAAAGACCAAGCAACAUUUCACCCAACAAAGUAUCUCAACGGUAUCCUCAACUGGCUCAAAACCCAGCCCAACUUCCGCUGCUUCGACGGAACUCGCGUCAUGUCCGUUGAAGAAAAGGGCAUUGAGAUCUUCGGCAUCGGCAACAAAUCCGUCACCGUCACAACAGCAGAUGGCUACACCGUCAAGUGCAGCAACGCCGUCGAAGCAACAUGCGUUCCUCUCCAGAAACUCAGCGUCAUCGCUCAGAUGGAGUUCAUGCGUUCUUACUGCAUCGCUGCGCGUGUGCCCAAGGGCGCUAUUGAGGACUGUCUUUUGUAUGAUCAGGCGGAGGAGUAUAAGUAUAUUCGACUGACGGCUUGUGAUGACGAGCACGAUUAUCUUGUUGUUGGGGGUUGUGAUCACAAGGUUGGGCAGGAAGAUACGACUACUGAGUUUGGAGACCUCGAGAAGUGGACGCGCGAGAGGUUUUCGCAGGUCAAGUCUGUUGACUAUCGCUGGAGUGGACAGAUCUUUGAACCUGUUGAUUUCAUGCAGUUUAUUGGUAAGAACCAGGGCAACGAUCACAUUUACAUCAUCACGGGUGAUUCAGGCGAUGGCUUGACGCAUGGAGUUUUGGCUGGGCGAUUGAUUGCGGAUGAAAUCGACGGUAUCAAGAACCCGUGGGCAGAUGUCUACUCUCCCAAGCGCAUCGCAUCAAUGGUCAAGUCCCUCCCUAGUAUGAUCGCCCACGAUGUCCAGAUCAACGCGCAGUACAAGCGCUUCCUGCAGUCGGACAUCACAGACAUUGAAGAUCUCGGUCGCGGAAUGGGCGGAGUAUUGAACAAGGCCGGAUCAAAGCCCAUCGCGGUGUACAAAGACGAAGACGGCAACGUGAAGCAGUACAGCGCUUUGUGUCCCCAUAUGAAGGGCGUUGUGUGCUGGAACACUACCGAAAAGAGCUUCGACUGUCCUGUUCACGGAAGUCGAUUCUCACGAGAGGGUAUUUGUGUGAUGGGACCGUCAAAGGGAAACUUGGAUCCUGUUGAUGAAGCUGGCAAGGAUGAUCAGGAGAAUGUCGCCGGCAGUUAG